AUGGACGGUGGAAAUGUGCGCCUCUGUCUCGGCGGCAAGGUUGGUUUUAAAGCAUAUAUAAACUGGGGUAUUUGCCACCUGCUUUGUAGUUCUGUUUGUUCUUCGUUUCCUCUGUUCUUCUUCUUGUUGUGUCUUUUUCCUUUUUUUUUUUUUUUUUGGUUCUGGUAUAAAAAAGUAGCAAUGACGGAAGAUACUACUGCCCCAACUGCUUCUGUGAGAGUGACCAGCAACAAGUGCACGUACACGGACAACGAGCUGCUUACCAAGUACAGUUAUGAAAACGCUGUGGUGUCCAAGACGUCCGAUGGCCGCUACGAUGUCACGCCCACCGUCCAGGACUACGUGUUCAAACUGGAUUUGAAAAAGCCGGCAAAACUGGGGAUCAUGCUUGUCGGGCUGGGCGGCAACAACGGCUCCACGUUCACGGCGGCGAUCUUGGCAAACAAGCACAACAUCGAGUUCCAAACGAAAGAGGGGCUCAAGAAGCCGAAUUACUUCGGCUCCAUGACCCAGUCGUCCACUUUGAAGCUGGGAAUCGAUGCGCAGGGCAAUGACGUGUACGCUCCCUUCAACUCUCUCUUGCCCAUGGCCAAUCCGAACGAUUUUGUCGUCACCGGCUGGGACAUCAACAAUGCAAACCUGUUCGAGGCCAUGCAAAGAGCACAGGUUCUUGAGUACGACUUGCAACAGCGGUUGAAAACCAAGAUGUCUCCCUUGAAGCCGCUGCCCUCCAUCUACUACCCUGAUUUUAUUGCCGCUAAUCAAGACGAAAGAGCCAAUAACUGCAUCAACUUGGACGAGAAAGGUCACGUGUCCACAAAGGACAAAUGGGCCCAUCUGCAACGGAUUAGGCACGAUAUAAAGAGUUUCAAAGAGAAGAACUCCCUGGACAAGGUGAUUGUUCUCUGGACGGCGAAUACCGAGCGGUACGUGGAGGUCUCCGCCGGCGUCAAUGACACCAUCGAAAAUCUUUUGCAAUCCAUCAAGAAUGACCACGAGGAGAUUGCGCCUUCCACGAUCUUUGCCGCUGCAUCCAUCUUGGAAGGAGUUCCGUAUAUCAACGGUUCACCACAGAACACGUUUGUCCCGGGACUUGUCCAACUGGCUGAGCGUGAAGGGACUUUUAUCGCCGGAGACGACUUCAAGUCGGGCCAAACCAAAAUGAAGUCUGUCUUAGCCCAAUUCUUGGUGGACGCCGGUAUCAAGCCCGUCUCCAUUGCCUCUUAUAACCAUCUAGGUAACAACGACGGCUUCAACCUAUCCGCACCGAAACAAUUCAGGUCUAAGGAGAUCUCCAAGAGUUCGGUCAUUGACGACAUUAUUGCAUCCAAUGACAUCUUGUACAAUGAUAAGUUGGGCAGCAAAGUUGACCACUGCAUCGUGAUUAAAUACAUGAAGCCCGUGGGUGAUUCCAAAGUCGCCAUGGAUGAAUACUACAGUGAAUUAAUGCUGGGUGGCCAUAGCAGAAUCUCCAUCCACAACGUUUGCGAGGACUCGUUAUUGGCUACGCCCUUGAUCAUCGACCUGCUAGUGAUGACGGAAUUCUGUUCAAGAGUGUCUUACAGGAAAGCGGACUCAUCCCAAGACAACGACGGCAAGUUCGAGAGCUUUUAUCCGGUUUUGACCUUCUUGAGCUACUGGCUAAAGGCGCCAUUGACAAGGCCAGGCUUCCAUCCGGUGAACGGCUUGAAUAAGCAAAGAACCGCAUUGGAAAACUUUAUGAGAUUGCUAAUUGGAUUGCCUUCUCUGAACGAAUUGAGGUUUGAAGAGAGGCUUUCGUGA